AUGAAUACAACAAUAGCAACAACAACAGCAGCAACAACAAUAGAUGAGAAUUACGAAUUUAGAGCCUUGACAGACCUUCAAAAGAAGCUGUUGGCAAUUCUUCCAAUUCCAUCGUCUCUGUUGAGCAUAUUCGGCUCAUCCAUCAUUAUUGUCACGGUGUGGAAGGUGCGAAAGCAAAAGGCAUGGAUUCCGUAUCAGCGUUUGUUGCUGGCCAUGAGUGUGUGUGAUAUUGUAUCCUCAUUGACGCUGGCCGUUGGGGCCUUUUUGUAUCCACAAGAAACCUCUGACAAAGUAUGGGUCAUUGGAAACGAUGCUUCCUGUUCCGCCAUUGGUUUUCUCAAUCAAAUAAGCUAUUCAGGGACACUGUACAAUGGUUUUCUCAGCUUUUACUUUUUGUUCACGGCCCGGUUUGGAAUGAAGAAUCGACAGAUUGAGAAACGAAUAGAACCUGCCAUGCACCUCUUUGCCAUUGGGUUUCCCAUCAUUACGGCCUUGGUCGGCCUCGUUAUGGACUUUUAUGCGGAACCUGAGGUUGGGAUUGGAUGCUGGGUCAAUCGAUGGCCAAAACAAUGUGGGGAAGGUCCAGAUGGUACUGGGGAAGAGUGCCAAUCACCAAUGAUCGCUUGGGUAUUCGGUGCUUGGAUUGCACUAUUUGUAUUGGGGGCCCUCAUUGUCAACAAUGCUGUGAUUUGGGUCUUUGUGCACCAACGGACGAGGGGUAAUGUCCACCACCACCACCACCACCAAGGGGCAAUUAGAAAAGUACCAUCGCAAAAAUUAGAUAGACAUGACGAGACAAGUGAUUCCAACUCGCAUCACUCCGAUGAUGAGGAAACCAGAACCAGUGGGAGGAAUAGUCAAAUGGGGUUGCUUUCAAUGGCGUCGUCCUUUCGUACGCUGAACAGUACCGGUCGGGGGUCAGCUGGGAAUCUCAGCGUAUCCACAGCAGCGCAGCAACGAGAAAUUCAAGCGACACAAAGCAAACGUUUGAAAUUGGUGGGAUCCCAAGCCUUUUUGUUUGUGGGAUGUUACUUUGUGUCGAAUAUUUGGACCUACGUGUUACGGUUGUACGAAUCCCGGACGACGGAUUACAUUGAAGAAAAGGAACUUCCCUACUCCUAUUAUUCCAUAUUGGUAACCCAAGCCGUCUUGCUGCCACUGCAAGGGCUGUUCAACAUGAUGGUCUUUAUUCGACCAAAGUAUUUGCGUUUGCGGUCCGAAAACCCAUCCGAAUCGAAAUGGGCAAUUGUGCAUCGAGUCAUUUUUGGGGAGGCCGCGAGAAGUGGUAAUAAUAGUGCCGAUUUUGCCGAACGGUUCACUGGACAACGGUUGGAUGUAAAUGUUAACAAGGCUCCACUUGCGAAUAAGGGCGUCUCAUCACUCACCAUUACUAGUGAAGUCGUUCCGCAGCAGGCCACUACUGAGAAUAAUGCUACCGAAGCUAAUGUUGUGAGUGGAACAACAAAUAAGCCAGUUCGAUCCGUUGGUUACGGACUAGAUGCCAUUUUGGAAACUUCGGAGCGUGGAGAAUCAUCGAGCUUGAAAGCAAGCAUGCGCAGUGAAACAAGCCCCAGAAGCAACAAGGUGCCUCGGAUACUGACCACUACAACCAGAACUGGAACUGGAACUGGAAUUGGAAUCGAACACAAGCAGCAACGGCAUCAGCCAAGUCUGACGGCAAAAGCAACAACGAUGCAAGAAGAGGCGCAGAGUCGGUCUUCCGAGUCGUCAAUAUUCAUGCAGGGUACCGGAUGGAGUGACAGCCUCGACUCGAUGCCAUCCUCCAGAUCCUUGAAAGUGGAACCCAUUAUCCCGGAGGGUAGCGUGCCAAAUAUCUCAUCAGCAGCAGCCACAAUGCACACUAGUUGGAGUGAUAGCCUCGGUUCCAUGCCAUCCUCCAGGUCAUUGACAACUGGAGCCAGCAACCGAUCUAUAUCAGAUGGUUCUAUUCCAAACAUCGCAGCGGCGCGAAUGCACACAGGGUGGAGUUCCAGUUCCGAUGGUAACAAAGGAAUGGCAUCGAUUCAGGGGACUGGGUCCAAGAUUGAGAUCUCUGGCGAGUUGGAAUCACCCACCACGAAUCGUUCUCCCCGUGUGUCAGCUUCUUCCUAUCCAUCGUUUCUUCAUACUGGAUGGAGCUCCAGUGUAGAAUCCAUGCCUGUCUCUGAAGAUGGUGGGCGAGUGAACACUCGGACAUCCAUGAAUGUGGACGCCAAGCGCAAACAGUUGGUGGAAAUGCAAUUCGUGGACGAAAGUGACGCUUCUUCCACCGACAGCAAAGACGACAAUGACAGACCACAUAGUAGUUCGCUGGAUUUACAGGACUCGAAACAAAUCGACCAUGAUCAUGCCCCCAGCGAUGCUACGGCUGCUACGGCUGCUGCUGGAAGCAAAACUUGCGGUGAUGCUGAAGGCAAAGCUGCAGCAAUCCAAGAGGAAGAUGUCCGCAUGAGCUUCUUGAUGCCAACGGGAUGGAGUCUUGAUAACAUGCCACUCUGCACCGAAGAAGAAGAAGAAACCACAAAUAAGCCUAGAUCUUCUCGAGAGACUCCUACUGGUACAGAACAACCAUCUGUAACGGCGAUUUUGAUGGAUGGUUCCUUCCGAAGCCUAUAG